GGCUUUCGUCUGAACUACGACCAGGAGGGCGGGCUUUUGCCUUUGGACCUGGGAGGCGAAGACCAGCAGAUGAGACUAGCGGAGUUCGUAACACGGUCCAUCGACAAUUCGGCAAAUGGAGUCAGUGUGAAGGCCGCGAUGGAGAAGCUUGGACUCCGCAAUAAGCGAGACUUGCUCCCAGGUAUGGAGGUUCGCUUGCUCCCGCACCAGAUCUUGGGUGUGGCUUGGAUGAUGAAUCAAGAACGUGUAAGCCCGCACAAAGGGGGCAUCCUGGCCGACGAAAUGGGUCUCGGCAAGACUGUACAGAUGAUCGCUACCAUGGCCAUCAACCUUCCGGAACCUGAGGACAAGCAUCGCACAACACUCGUUGUGGUCCCAGCAGCGCUGCUACAGCAGUGGAAAGAUGAACUCCUGACCAAGACAAAUGGGAUUUUCUCGGUGCACAUACAUCACGGCAAGGACAAGCUGAAGAGUGUAUCUGCGCUCUCGAAGAAAGACGUCAUCAUCACCACGUACCACACCCUCUGUGGAGACUUCACGAUCCCUUCCGGCAUCGAGAGUGAGGACGAGAUGGAGUAUCUGAUGGAUAACGGCGGACUGCUGUCGCAGAUGAAGUGGUAUCGAGUGAUCGCCGACGAAUCACAGUUCAUCCGUAACAGACGGACGAGAUCAAGCAAGGCAGUAGCGAUGCUCCGCGCCAAGUAUAGAUGGUGUCUUACCGGCACACCUGUCACUAAUACGCUGGCGGAUAUAUACGGGUUUCUUCGCUUCGGACGAUUUCGCCCUUGGAAUGUCUGGAAGGACUUCAAUGAGUACAUCGCCAAGGAACAGCUUCGUGAUGCACCACUCGCAGGGUUGCGAGCACAGGAGAUCCUCAAGCCUCUCUUGCUCCGCCGCACUAAAGACGCUGAGAUUGAAGGAGAACCACUUUUGCAACUGCCCGAGAAGCAUAUCGAACUCGAAUAUCUCGAAUUCUCUGAUGAGGAGAGGCAGUUAUACGACUCCUUCGAGGGACGUGCGCAAACGCAGAUUAAUCGGUUCCUCAGAGACGGCAGUCUUCUCAAGAAUACUUCCGUCGUUCUUGUCAUGAUACUCCGUCUUCGACAGCUAUCGUGUCAUCCGCAUCUCAUCCUCGAACAAGCGCAAGGGUUCGAGGACCCUACUAUGCUUGUUGCCAGCGAUGCCGAGAAGGAGGUCGCACGUGCCAGCAAGCUCAUGGGUCCCGAGUGGGUGACUCAGGUUGGACGUAUUCUCAAUCAUGACAGAUUCAUGGCUCGUGCGCGAAUGGCCCAGCUUGACUUCUCGGACGACAUGGAGCAAGACGAGGAAGCGACUUGUCCGAGAUGCGGAGACUUUUUCAUGGAGGGCAGUGGAAGACUGCUCGCUUGUGGCCAUGAAUUGUGCAACGAUUGUCUUCUGGCUCUGCGUACCGAGCGCAUGGAGGUGAAUGAGGAGUUUGGCAACGGUGACGAGAAGGAGAACAUGCGCGUAGAGAAAGAGUUCGAAGCGGCCGCCCUGAAGGGCUUGCGUCCUUGCCCCACCUGUAAGAAGAUGCAGGACCUCAGUCCGGCACACGUCUUCCUGUCGCAGGCCUUUGAACCUCUACGAGACGAUGUACGUGCGGCGAAUCGCCGCUCUCGGGCUGCACGUCGGGCAGUCUCCCAGCCGAUGUCCCGAGUUGUCAAGAAAGAGCCCAUCAUCAUCGACAGUGACCUGGAAAUGAGCUCAAGCUCCGACGAAGACAUGCCCGACCUAUCGGAGUUGCUCGCUGGCGCUGCGUCUUCAUCUCAGUCCAGCUCGGAGAAGAAGAAGGAGAGCAAGGCGAAGGUCAAGGGCAGGACAGUCAUGUCAGACGACGAUGAUUCUCCGAUGGAUGAGGAUAAUGACCUGCACAAUACCAUGGAUAAGAUCCGCGGAAAGCGGGUCCAGAAGAGCAAGGCUCCCGCUGACGACGACAGUGAUGACGAUGGUCCGCGGCAGGUGCCGGCAUACAUGGUGAAUACGUGGAGGCGAGGCGACGAUAACCUGGAGCCCAGCACGAAGAUGAUGGCCUUGAUCAAUCAUCUGCAGGAGUGGGAAGUUACAGGAGACAAGACGAUUGUCUACUCGCAAUGGACGUCGAUGCUUGACCUCAUCGAGACACUCUUUCAACGGUAUGGUAUUCGCAGCCUGCGCUAUGACGGGAAGAUGUCGCGUGACGCGCGAGAGCUUGUUCUGUCUGAGUUCAGGCAGCGGGGCGGGCCAAAGGUCAUCCUCAUCAGCAUCAAGUGCGGUGGCGUGGGUCUGAACCUCGUAUCUGCCAACCGUAUCAUCAAUAUGGACCUGUCGUGGAACUAUGCGUCGGAGUCGCAGGCGUACGACCGUGUGCAUCGUCUUGGCCAGGAGAAAGAGGUAUUCAUUAAGCGGCUUAUCGUGAAGAAUACCAUCGAAGAGCGGAUGCUGCGAUUGCAGGACACUAAGACCGGUCUCGCCGAAGCUGCACUGGGCGAAGGAAGCGGAGUGAAGCUCCACAAGCUCAGCGUGAAGGAGCUGAAAGCUGUGCGUUUCUCUAGCCUACGAGUUUUGGUUUACGCGCUUACGAGAUCCUGCGUGAAGCUCUUUGGUAUGAACAAGGACAAUCGCCCCCAAGCAGGCCAACAAACGCUCGACGACAAUCAGCAACAGUAAUCCCCAUCGUGCACCAAGAUCCACUAGACGCUGGUUCACCUUGCCGGACAUUAUGCUCCUCACGCAGAUACAGUCGACCCCGCUGAGGGUCAACUAUUAGUGGUACUGAUAGGCCUCGCUUAUUGGGUAUAUAGUAAGCUCUUCAUCGUCACCUUGUCGUGUAAUUCGUGUAUACCGGUAUAUCAUAAUCCGCUCGCCCCUCCAAACUUGCCCCCCAGGCUGACCGUCUGCUUACUACCGUCAGAGGAGGAGAGCCAGUGCACCAGCACCUACGCCAACGGCUAUCCUCCAGUGCUCUGCGUGCAACCCA